AUGCUCGCCAAGGAGGAUAUUUUCAACCUUUCAGGACCAACACAUUUCAACGUUGUUGACUGGAAGAACAAAGAUCAUCGAAGAUCUAUUGCAGCUAGCUUGGUUCAAGGAGUAUACAUUCUAGAACAAGACCGGCAACAAAACCGACAGGGCCCUCAAGCUUUUGCUCCAGUAUGGUGGGACUUCUUCGAUUUCCUAUUAAGUGAUGUGCUUGUAGAUAAUGUUGACAAUUCCAUCUUUGGUGCCAUUUUUGAGUCUAAAUUCCCAGCUUCAUACUGUGAUGAUUCUAAGACAAAAACCCCAAAAUAUGUUAUUGCCUUCCGUGGAACAAUCACUGAACCAGGUACACUAUUACGUGACCUCAUGUUGGACCUGGGAUGCAUUCUUAACAAACUUCAAUCAGACACACGUUUUGAGAUUGCAAUGAAAUAUGUUAAGGAAAUGGUUGAUUUUGCUGGAGCUGAAAAUAUAUGGUUAGCUGGACAUUCCUUGGGGUCAGCUAUGGCAUUGCUUGCAGGAAAGAACAUGAUCAAGGAGGGUUAUAAUCUUGAAACAUAUCUAUUCAAUCCACCAUUCUUAUCUAUUCCUAUAGAGAGAAUCAAGGAUCAAAAAGUGAAGGAUACACUUCGCAUUGCGAAUAGUAUUGUCAAGGCAGGCCUUGUUGCUGCUACAAAAGCUUAUAACUCUAAGCCUAGAGAAGAUGAGUCAUUUGCAAUGUUAUCUGCCUGGUUUCCUAACUUGUUUGUGAACCCAAAUGAUCCCAUUUGCGCAGAGUAUAUAGGGUAUUUUGAGCAUAGGAAGAAAAUGCAGGAAAUUGGAGCUGAAAAUGUUGAGAGGAUUGCAACAACUAAUUCUUUCAGGAAUCUAUUCAAAAAUGCAUUGGGAAUGGACUUAGAAGAGGCAUUGCAUCUCAUUCCUUCGUCGCAUCUGACUACUAUUCCGGGUCAGUCACCAAAUUUUAGACGAGCUCAUGGAAUUCAGCAGUGGUUGAAUCCUAAUAUUCAGUGUCAACACAAGUUGUACCAAUUCAAGUAA